UCAAAUUAUAUUUUUAGGCUUUAAAUUAACACUAACACGGUAGAAGAUAAAAAAAGACUAUUUGUAGAAAGGUACCCUUAAAAAAAGGACUACGGGGGUAAUAUUUGAUAAUAGAGGACUAAAUAUGGAAACCCCCUGUUAUGAAGGACCAAUUAUGGAAUUUACUCUAUAAAAUUUGAAGAAGCAGAGAAGAAUAAAGAGUUUAGAUUCAUCAAAUACUAUGGUUGAUUGUUCAAUUUACAUCGAUCCACAUUCGUCCACGGUGAUACACCCCAAGGAGACGCUGUUGGAGACCAUUGCCGAGGAGCUGGUCUCCUCCAUCGGCGUGGAUGCUGUGCAGAUUACAUUCAAUGCAUUGGUGAAGGCCUUUUGGCCCAGCAGUGAAGCAGAGAAGAAUAAAGAGCUUAGAUUCAUCAAAUACUAUGGUUGUAAGCGCCGCCUGGAUGAAGAUGAGAAGAUGCACUUGGUGGAUGAGGAGGAGGAGCCAUUUUCGUACUUCUGUGACUACAUAAGAUUCUGGGAAAACACGCUCCGACAUUGGCAGGAUUGUUCGAGUUACAUCGAUCCACAUUCGUCCACGGUGAUACACCCCAAGGAGACGCUGUUGGAGACCAUUGCCGAGGAGCUGGUCUCCACCAUCAGCGUGGAUGCUGUGCAAAUUACAUUCAAUGCAUUGGUGAAGGCCUUUUGGCCCAGCAGUGGUACUGGUGGCAAGCCCCUUCUCUUGAAAAAGAGAAAAGCCGGAAGUCCUCUGGUUGAGAAGGAAGUGAAUUUGAUUGACAUCUUUGAGUCUGUUCCGCACAUUAGCCAAAACUCUAGGAAUUUCCACACGAUCGCCCGGCAUCGCGUCCAUCGAUCGUUGGUCGCUGUUGCUGCCGAGAAGACCGGAACGGUCGACCGUUUGUUCAUAACGGUCGAAGACAUCGACCGUCCCGACGGCAGUAUCUUCAACCGCCGCUGUUUCGAUCCAAUUUGUGAACUCUGUCAUCUGGAAUACGAGACAGCACGGAAUGGUAUACACAAAGGAGAAAGCAGUGAAGCAAGUGCAUCCGUGUUUGCUGUGAAGAAUAAGAUGGACGUCAAAGAGCUUGUAUGCACUCACUGUGGGAAAACAGGACAUGAGGUCGAGGCAUGCUACAAGCUGAUUGGGUACCCCGAAGGUGAAAUGUUAGAUGCAGAUGGAUCGAGUAGCUCCACUUCCAUUGAUCACUUUGAUGAUGAUGAUGAAGUUCCUGAGGAAGGGCAGCUGGACCGUCCCACGCGGAACGGCCGACCGGAAGAAGGAGAGAAUGCAGCUGGCCAACCGGCGGUCGAUCAGGUGGACCGUUCUGAUGUCCACGGUCGACCGUCAUCGAGGCAGAAAGAUGGGUCCCUGGGAAAUCAACCAACGGUCGACGCGGUGGACCGUUCUGAAACCCACGGUCGACCGUUGGACGACUAGAGAGGCAGACCCCAGGGAGAAGAAAACACGGUCAACCGU